CACUCACUCUGUGCUUCAGUCUUUGUAGAGAAAGGGGAAUAGCGAGGGAGAACUUGCUCAGGAUCAGCCGAAGACUGAAGAGGUUGACGAGGUCAGACUGGUGGACUGUGUGUGGCCAUGGCUGCUGACCUUCCCACCAAUACGGUGUGGCAGGACAGGGAGAUCGAGUUCUCCUUGCCGGUGCAGUAUGUUGCACCGCGAAAGGGCGAGUUCAUCAUCGAUGAGCUGGAUGACGUUGAAGACACCAAGGGGAACAACGGUGAGCGUGGCACGCUGCGCGUGACCAAUCUGCGGCUCAUCUGGUUUGCGCAUCGGACGAAGAAAGUCAAUCUCUCAGUCGGGCUCAAGAAUAUCAUCUCGAUGACGAUCCGGUCGGCCUCUUCCCGGCUGCGCGGAGUGACGCAGGCGCUGUAUGUGCUGGCUAAGCCGCACCGGCUUGUCUCCAAGUUCUCGUCGGUGCCAAAGCACGAGAACAAGCGCUAUGAGUUUAUCUUUACCUACCUUGUGCCGGACUCGCCGCGGCUGUUCACGACGGUCCAGGCGGUUCACCGGGCAUACGACUCGUCCAAAAUGUACCGCGAGCUCAAACUCCGCGGCGCGAUCAUCCAGGACAAGCAGCUGAUCAUGCUGCCGACCGAGACGCUGUACUCCAAGGUCAACGGGGUGUGGAACCUGUCGUCGGACCAGGGCAACCUCGGCCACUUUUUCAUCACCUCGGUCCGGCUGGUCUGGCACGCGGCGCUCGCCGAAAACUUUAACGUCUCCAUCCCGUACAUGCAGAUCAAGAGCGUCCGCAUUCGCGACUCGUCCAAGUUUGGCAUGGCGUUGGUUGUCGAGACCGCCGAGGACUCGGGCGGCUUUGUUCUCGGCUUUCGCGUCGACCCUGUGGCCCGCCUCAAGGAAGUGGCCAAGGAAAUCGUCUCGCUCUUCAACAUGUUUUCUGAGAGGCCCAACUUUGGUGUCCAGUUUUCGCUCGAGGAUCAGCCCGAGGGCCUUGACGCCGUCACCGUCCCGGUCCCCGACGAGGACGUUGUCAUCGCACAAGUCGACGAGGCGGCCCCGGCCGUGGGCAUGUACCUUGCUGACGGCGACAAGAACACCGACCGCCCGGCCACCUUUGCGCCUGAGCUAGGUCUGGCCAUCGAGGAUCUGCGCGAGGGCGUGACCCUGGAGGAUUUGUGGACUUUGUAGGUAGGCUUUAGGGUUAAACGCUGCUGCUCUUUCCUCAA